AUGGACAACCAGACGUUCGUGAUCUCGUUGAUCAGUGGAGGAUGUGCUGGUACUUCGACCGAUCUCGCGUUCUUCCCAUUAGAUACGCUCAAGACCAGAUUACAGGCAAAGGGAGGAUUUUUCCAUAACGGAGGAUGGCACGGUAUAUAUAAGGGCCUAGGCUCGUGUGUUGUAGCAUCAGCACCUUCAGCUUCGUUGUUUUUCAUCACCUAUGACUCCAUGAAGAUAUACACCAAGGAAUAUGUUCUGCCAGCCCAGAGCCAUAUGAUUUCAGCCUCUUGCGGAGAAAUGGCUGCUUGUAUGGUACGAGUUCCGGCCGAGGUUAUUAAGCAGAGAACACAAACUGGAAUUGCCGGUGUCAACGGAACCUCGAGUUCGUGGGCUAACUUCUUGUACUUGGUCCAGAACAAGUCUGGAGAAGGUGUACUUAAAGGGCUCUACAGAGGAUGGAAUACUACUAUAAUGAGGGAGAUUCCGUUCACAGUGAUUCAGUUCCCCCUUUACGAGUGGUUAAAGAUGAAGUGGGCUCUGGCCACAGGAGGCAGAGAUCUCAGUGUAGUGAAAGGAGCUAUUUGUGGUUCCAUAGCAGGUGCUGUAGCUGCAGCAGCAACAACUCCGCUAGAUGUAAUAAAGACGAGGAUCAUGUUGAACAAGGAGAGAGUAAGCAUUGGACAAUUGGUGCGAACCAUGGUGGCAGAGGAGGGGUAUCUGACAUUUUUGAAGGGUAUAGGCCCUAGAACAGCCUGGAUCAGCGCUGGUGGAGCCAUCUUCUUGGGCUGCUACGAGCUUGUUCAUACAAACUUGACGUCAUACCAAAGGAGAAAGUUGGCGUAG